AUGCCAGAGACCUUUUACGACGAGGUGGAUAUCGAGGAUUUCACUUGGGAUGACAAACUCGGGAUCUACCAUUACCCGUGUCCGUGUGGAGAUCGGUUCGAGAUCACCAAGAGCCAGCUCAGGGAUGGGGACGAUGUCGCUAGGUGUCCGAGCUGCAGCUUGAUCAUUCGCGUGCAGUACGAAUGGGACGAGUACGAGGACUACGAGACGGAUGAAGAGGAGGGUGCGGUAGAGGCAGACGAGGAGAAGGAUGAGAGCGACGCUCAGCUGGAGAAGGAUCUUUCGAAGCUGAACCUCAAGGAGGGGGAGCAGAAGGAAUCCGUCGCCGUCAGGGUUGUCGGAGUGGAGAAGGCGGAGAAGGAGAAAGCGUUGGUGAACGAGAAGGAGCUGGAGUAG